CAGCCAUUUUGGUGUGAUUGCUUUCCCCAGAUUAGAGCAAAGUCUUUUCAGCAACCGUUGAAUAGACCAUUGGCUAUUUGUUGAACAAACUCACUGAUCUCCCCUGAAAACAAUGUCCAAACAGCUAAACUCUGGUUAUUCUAUCCCUGAAAUUGGGCUAGGCGUAUAUCUCACUGCUCCUAACCAGGCCUUUGAUAUCGUCUAUCAAGCUCUAAAACUCGGUUAUCGCCACAUUGAUUCUGCUGAAGCGUAUGGCAACGAAAAGGAGGUUUGUCAAGGUAUUAGAAAAUGGUUGGACGAAGACCCUGCUAACAAUUUACGUAAAGAUGUUUUUUACACUACAAAAAUCAGAAACUAUCACCAUGGCUAUGAAAAGGCAAAGAAAUGCAUCUCCACAAGAGUUCAAAUCGCUGAGGAAUUUAUUGAUUACAUUGAUUUGAUCUUGAUCCAUGAUCCAAUGUCCAACCAAAAAUUGAGACUAGAGACUUGGAAUGCUCUCCAAGAAUCUGUAGCAUCCGGUAAAGUCAAAUCAAUCGGCGUAUCCAACUACAACGUCAAUCAUAUUAAAGAAAUUUACAACUCUCCUGAUUUCGAGAUUCCGCCAGCUGUUAACCAAAUUGAAUUGAACCCUUGGUUGAUGAGAACUGAAAUCGUUGAUUACUGUAAAUCAAAACAAAUUGUUGUUGAAGCCUAUUCCCCAUUGACCAGAGGUUUAAGAGUCAACGAUCCUGAAUUGAUUCAAUUGGCUAAGAAAUACAAUGUUUCCACUGCUCAGAUCUUACUACGUUGGUCCUUAGACCAAGGUUUUGUCAUUCUACCAAAAACAAUCAAAGUCUCAAGAGCUCAAGAAAACUUAAGUGUUCUUGAUUUCAAAAUGACAAAGGAAGACUCUGAUUCCUUAAGUCAUCCCCACGAUUAUUAUGUCUCAAUUCCUGCCUGGGAUCCAUGCAAAUUUGAAACUUAAAAUAAAAAAAUAAAAAAGAGGAAAAUAAAAUAAUACAUAUAUAUAUAUAUAUAUA